AUGGCAAGCCUGCUGCUGCGCUUGUUUAACAGUGACUACUUUUCGCCGCACCUGGCGCUCUUGCGGACAUACUCGGAUCAUGUUGGGAUCACAUACUACCUGAUCUCGAAGCUGUGUGAAGACUUUCCGCAAGAUCAGGUCGAAUUCUACUGGCCGCAGUACUGUCACCUGCUCGUCACAAAGCCUUCUGCAUCGCGCGCGCUCGAAUGUUUUCUUUUGCGCAAGUGCGAAGAGGAUGUGCACAUUGCCCUCAUCACGCUCUGGUACAUCCAAGCGCAGCUCGCGGAUUUGGCCGAUGCACCGGGCUCUGCGGCAUUCCGGACGUGCCAGCGUGUGUACAACCGAUGCCAGUGCAUUCUGUUUGAGGACCCCGAUCCAGAAGCGGGUACGAGGCCGCGCUCGAUGCUGCAGCGGUUCCUGCCGCACUUUGAAGUCCGCAAACGCGUGCGGCCGGAAAAUGUGUCCAGCGCGCUCGUCGGCAUCGGCGCGCUGCUCAUAGGUUCGCCAGGGUGUCCUUCGGCUGGUGCGUAUGCUGGCGCGCUCGCGCUGCAGCAAGGGCGCCGCGCGCCGGAAGGCAUCGAGGCGCACGAGCCGUGGAUUCCAGAGACGGACACACUACUUGCGGAGCCAUUGCUGGCGCCGCCGCCGUCUCUUGUGCACGUCACACCACCCAAAGAGCACGAUUUUGUGCGCGACGCAUUUGGCCAGGAAGAGCGCACCCGACCGAUACCCGUCGCUGCCUCCGCCUCGACGCCUGCGCUGCCAAGCAAACCAAGCCCAAAGUACACCACGGCCUCUUCUUCUUCCGUCUCCGACGCGCCUGCGCCGGACGCGAACAGCUACAGUGUCGCAGUGCGCAAGCAAUACUUGCGCACGCACUACGGUCGCACCGUCACACAAUUUCUACAGGCUCUGCAGGAUAUCACGCAGCGCUUGCAGCCGCUCCCAAAACCUGCACGGCUCUCAGCGCUGCGUGCAGAAUUGACCGCACUGAACCACAAGCUGCCGACCGAACUGUGCUUCCCUACAUGGUGCGCGGGUACGCCGAAAGAAAACAUGCCCCACGAGCGGCACCACCGUGUCGUGCGCAUCAGCGCGAGCGAGGCCGUGGUACUGAAUUCGGCGGACAGAGUGCCUUAUUUAAUUCAUGUCGAGGUCCUGUGCAACGAUUUGGACUUUGACCCCACCCGGCGCUACAACCGCGAGCUUCUCCAGUGGCUCAUCGGCAACACGGCAGGGCAUGCGGCGCCGCUUUUGCUUCCGCGCAAAGACACCCAAGCGCCGCGAGUCGCAGAAACUGUACAGGAAAGGCCGCCGUCGCCCGCACGAUCCGAAGAAAUGGAUUUGACCGAGCAAAUGUACGGCUCGGACCUCGCUGCAUUCGGCGCCGAGACCGCCGACGGCGACGGUGACGAGGGCAUGGGCGAGAAAAACCACGCGCUCGACAACGAGGCAUGGCGCCACGCCGAGUCGGGGCCAAACCAGCGCGUGCCUUUUUCUAUGGACGAGUAUGCAGAGCGCAUGCGGACUGCUGCAGUGAUGCUUGCCCAGCUGAAUGGAAAUACAAGCACACGCCAAGUCAUGGCGCAUAUCCCAGCGACGCGCGCGCCUCAGAGCUGGAGCAGCUGGAUCAUUGGCACGCCUGCAGCGCCAGACGACGAAGUGCGCGCUUCAGCGGCCGCAGCGCACGUCCUGUCCAUGGACACGAACAAGAUCCGCCAGCGCAUCAUGGACGAAAUGGCAGCACUCGAGGAGGAGCGCAUGGAGCGCAUGAAGCAAGGUGCACUCUCUUUUGGCCGCCGCAAACGCAACAAGUUCAGUGCCGAAGAUGAGAGCGCGGUGUACCGUGCGGUGAAUAAAGAAGAUCCAUCUGCUGCGUACUUCCGCGAGUCGUGGACGACCAAGAAGGAGCGGAUCCGCAGCCUGAGUCCGUAUGGGCACCUUCCUACCUGGGACCUCUUUUCUGUGAUUGUCAAGACAGGGGCGGACUUGCGCCAGGAACAGUUUGCCGUCCAGCUCAUCCAGGAGUUCAAGCGGGUGUGGCAGGACUGCGGAAGCCGCUGCUGGGUCCACUACUUUCGAAUUGUCGUGCUGAGUGAGAGCGGAGGGCUAAUUGAGACCAUCAAGGAUGCAGUCUCUGUUCACUCGAUCAAAAAGGAGGCGUACAUGAGCCAGAUGGAGGGGAAUGCAAUUGCCUCGUUUAGUCUCUACGAUCAUUUUGUCCAGACCUACGGCGAGCCGCACACGCCGCGAUUCCGGCGCGCGCGCCGCAAUUUCACCGAGUCGCUCGCGGGGUAUGCCAUCGUUUCUUACCUGCUCCAAAUCAAGGACCGCCACAAUGGAAAUAUUUUGGUCGAUACCGAAGGCCAUUUGAUCCACAUCGACUUUGGGUUUAUCCUUGGCAUCUCGCCCGGCGGUGUUGGGUUUGAGGCUGCGCCGUUCAAGCUACCGCGUGAGUACAUUGAUAUUAUGGGUGGAAUGGAAAGCGAUGGAUUCGAAGACUUCCGUACGCUCAUGCGCCAAGGUUUCCGCGAUGUGCGGAAACAUGCGGAGCGGUUCAUUGUCCUUGUGGAGCUCAUGCAGAAGGACUCUAAGCUGCCGUGCUUUGCAUUGCGCGACUUGGCGGUUGCGAAUUUGCGCGACCGGUUCCAGCUUACCUUGACGGCGGAGCAGUGCAACGAGUUUGUGGACCGCUUGAUUCUCAGUUCCGCUGGCAGUGCAUUCACACGCCUGUACGACCAAUACCAAAACUUUACACAGCAAAUUUUGUAA